GUGCGCGCUACACCGGCUCGCGGGCGCAACCAUGGCUGCGGGCGUCCCCUGCGCGCUGGUCACCAGCUGCUGCUCCACGUUCUCCGGGGACCGGCUGGUCCAACAUAUCCUUGGAAGAGAGGAUCUUCUUGUGGAAGUGACUUCCAACGAUGCUGUGAGAUUCUACCCCUGGACCAUUGAUAAUAAAUACUACUCAGCAGAUAUCAACCUGUGUGUGGUGCCAAACAAAUUCCUCGUCACCCCAGAAAUUGCAGACUCUGUCCAGGCAUUUGUCAUUUACUUUGACAGCUCACAAAAAUCAGGUCUCGAUAGUGUGUCUUCCUGGCUUCCCCUGGCAGAAGCGUGGGUCCCAGAGGUGAUGAUCCUGGCCUGUGACAGGGUGUGUGAAGAAGGCGUAAGCCGACAGGAGGCUCAAGAGUGGUGCAUCAAACACGGCUUUGAGCUGGUGGAGCUCAGUCCAGAGGAGCUGCCGGAGGAGGACGAUGACUUCCCUGAAUCUACAGGAGUAAAGCGAAUUGUACAAGCCUUGAAUGCCAAUGUCUGGUCCAAUGUAGUGAUGAAGAAUGAUAGGAACCAAGGCUUCAGCCUUCUCAAUUCAUUGGCUGGGACAAACCACAGCCUUGGAACUGCAGAGACCCACCGCUCAGAGCAGCCCGCUUUGCCAGCAGCAGACAGGACAGAAUUGAUCCCGGACCAUCGGGGUGCCGCAUCUAACACAGCAGAUACCCAGGGUGACAGCGCUUUGGAUCCCACAUUAGAUCUGGACAUUCAAGAAUUAGCCAGCCUUACCACUGGAGGAGGAGAUUUGGAAAAUUUUGAAAGACUGUUUUCAAAACUGAAAGAAAUGAAAGACAAGGCUGCGACGCUUCCUCAUGAGCAAAGAAAGUUGCACGCAGAAAAGGUGGCUAAGGCCUUCUGGAUGGCCAUCGGGGGAGACAGAGAUGAAAUUGCAGGACUUUCUUCUGAUGAGGAACACUAGCCUACGCCUGCUAGGUUGGACUGACAGGGAUGCCAGCCUUCUACCUGAGAUGCUUUCUACUUGAGCCAGCCACAUCUUGUGAGAUCCCCAGUAUUAUGUUUGCUGCCGGAUUUGUUUUUAGGGUCCCCUUAAUGUUCGUUUUUAGCAGGGAGUUUGGAAAAGUCUUUCUCCUUGAGGAGUGCAGUGACAAUAAGAAUUUCUAAAAUUUUUCUUGGUGCUGGGAGUGAGGAAGGGUGAGUAUCAGAAGUCUGUGUGAUUCCCCCAACUUACUGAGGAAGGCAGUGAAGCUGCCGUUCUCAGCCAGCCUUUGUGUUGAGUCCACAGCUCCACAUUCAAGCCCCAGGGCAGGAGCUCCUGCGAAAGGUGGGAAUAUCCCCAUUCAGGGAGCUUGUGCCUCAAGCUCCGAUGCUUUUUCUUGAAUGAGAAGAGGGAGCUGCAGAUUUAGUUUGUGCCACAGUAUGAGAGGCUGGGCAGGGUCAGUGGCCCCUGGGUUUAUGUCUAACUUAGGAAACACUUCUGAGUGUUUCUUUGAAGUGCGGUGUCUGAGUUUGCACUACAAAGAAUUGGAAAACCAGUGUACAUUUUUAGAAUGCCAAAAAUAAAGCAAAGGUUUCCUA